AACAAAGUACACACAAAAGAUUUUAAGAAACAGAAGAGAAAAGAAUCUGAGGCACAGAUAAAGAUAAGUUUUACUGUCAUGCUGCUUUUAACAUAACCGAGCAACAUCACCUAGGAAAAAAGUUUGUAGGAGGAUUUUUAAUCCAUAUAUUUGUCUUAUGGCUAGAUAAAGAUUUCUCUGAAAAAAAGAAGCAUGUCAGGAAUCUCUGGGUGCCCUUUUUUCCUCUGGGGACUUCUAGCAUUGUUGGGCUUGGCUUUGGUUAUAUCACUGAUCUUCAAUAUUUCCCACUAUGUGGAAAAGCAACGACAAGAUAAAAUGUACAGCUACUCCAGUGACCACACCAGGGUUGAUGAGUAUUAUAUUGAAGACACACCAAUUUAUGGUAACUUAGAUGAUAUGAUUUCAGAACCAAUGGAUGAAAAUUGCUAUGAACAAAUGAAAGCCCGACCAGAGAAAUCUGUAAAUAAGAUGCAGGAAGCCACCCCAUCUGCACAGGCAACCAAUGAAACACAGAUGUGCUACGCCUCACUUGAUCACAGUGUUAAGGGGAAGCGUAGAAAGCCCAGGAAACAGAAUACUCAUUUCUCAGACAAGGUUGGAGAUGAGCAACUACAUGCAAUAGACGCCAGCGUUUCUAAGACCACCUUAGUAGACAGUUUCUCCCCAGAAAGCCAGGCAGUAGAGGAAAACAUUCAUGAUGAUCCCAUCAGACUGUUUGGAUUGAUCCGUGCUAAGAGAGAACCUAUAAACUAGCUGGACCAUGAUCUAGUUCAAUGAUUUGGCUCCUAUUGAAGAUGGCUUCUAAGAAAACAAGAUGCGCAGAGGACACAGAAGGACUUGGCAGCAGGGUGAUGACCUGAUCAUUUGUUGAUGGGAUGGUGGCUUACCUCUUAUUCACAGCUUACACUUAUGCAUGCCAAAUGUAAGGCCAUGAAAAUCAGUAUUUCAAAUAACUUAAAAAAUGCUUUACUACUAAAAUGUAAAAAAUUAAUGUGCUCACCUCGGCAGCACAUAUACUAACAAUUAAUAAGACCCAGCUUGAAAAUUGAGCCUGAUAACAAGAUUACAAAUUCACAAUACCUAAUACUUAGGGAAAUAUAAAAAUUUAAGCAUGAAUGUAUUCUGGAACACAUUAGAAGAAAAAUAAAAGCCAAUGAGUUUUUUUUUAA